UUAACUAACCUAACCUGUAAAGAAGACGGGACCUACGGAAGGUGGUUGUUUAAUAUUAUUUUGUGAAUUUUUAUGACUAUUUGACACAUAAAUUACAAUGAGUCGUAAAGAAGCCUUAUCAUCUUUUAUCCAGCAAAUCCACGGCCGCCCCGUUGUAGUUAAACUGAACAGUGGCGUUGAUUACAGAGGUGUGCUAGCCUGUCUAGAUGGCUACAUGAACAUAGCCCUGGAACAAACUGAGGAAUAUGUGAACGGCCAACUCAAGAAUAAAUACGGAGAUGCAUUCAUUCGAGGAAACAAUGUACUCUAUAUCAGCACUCAGAAGCGCAGGAUAUGAUGACUCCAUUCCUUUAUUUAUAAACUUAGGUGGUAAGGGUAAAUAAAUUCUAAUUUCUUACAA